UGGAGCGCAAAGGUCCUUCAAGCAUAGUCUCUGGAGUUUUCGUUCCUUGAAUCUUAAUUUUCUUGUUCCAGCUCUAAUUCUGUUGAUUUUCUGCUUCUUCUUCCCUCCCGCUAAACCUUAAUUGUGUUAGGGGCAGAGAUGGCUCUUUCAUUAAGACGUUAUGCGCGGCCAUCCCACCACGACUUGGAUGAUUUAAAUUGCAUUUUAAGAGAGAGAAGCCAAAAGGAACGAGAGAUGUCAAUAGCAAUGGAAACCAUGAGAGGAGAUCCUUUGCCUGAAGAUGUGAUCAUUGAGAUUUUAUCACGUUUGCCAGUGAAAAAUCUACUGCAGUUCAAGUGUGUGUGCAAAUCAUGGCACGCUAUUAUCACAAGCCCUAAAUUGAUAUCCAAGCAUCUGAGAAAUUACUAUGACAAAAAUGACAGUGACUGUCUCCUAGCUCAGUACCGCAUAACCCUAGCGGGAGAAAUUGCUUCGUUUGAGUUGUUGGUUGAUGAAACACCAACAAGAGCUUUAUCGCAUGGAUUACUGGAUCGCAUGCCUUUUCAAAGUCCAUAUAUCUAUGGUCCUUGUGAUGGAAUAUUUUACAUGUACGGGCAUUUUUAUGACUUUCAUGCUCUGUGGAACCCCGCAAUUAAUGAAUUGAAAACUUUACCUCCGAUACCCAAUCCUCCAUUCAGUUUUUCUUAUGGCCCUGUGUGCAAUGUGUAUGGUUUUCGAUUACAUCCGGUAACUAAGGAUUACGAGGUUAUUGUCAUGAGAGAGUUUUGGAGAGAAGAGGGAGCAUGGGGAGACAGGUAUCCUUUAAGUGUAUUCGUCUACACGUUAAGCAGUGAUUCUUGGAGAUACUGGGGGGACUUGUCACGUUAUUAUCAUUUACGUAAUAACCUAUGCUACAUUUGUGUGAAAGGAGUAUUCUACUGGCUGGGAUCAUAUGGAGCAUGCGGAGAUCCCGAAGUGAUCAUUAAUUUUGACUUGGCUACGAACGUGUGCCAAGAGAUACAGCUACCAGAUUAUGACAAGUCAAUAAAGUCUGUGAGUCUUGCAGUGUACAAUGACUCCAUCGCUCUCCUCGUCGUUCAAAAGGGAUCAGUUCUUCAUGUAUGGACAUUGGACGAGAGGUGUUGGACCCAGAAAUUUGUUGUCGGGCCUCUUUUGGGAGUUCAGUAUCCAGUUGGGCAUUGGCAGAACAACACGAUAAUCUUGAUAUCCGACUCUGAUGAAUUACUCUUAUGCGAUCCCAGAACCCAGGAAAUAAGUGGUCUUGGAUUUGAGGGGAGCGCAAUGCGGUGUGUGGGAAUUUUUGCUUACAAGGAGAGCCUAGUUCCAGUGAAGAAUGGACAUGAGGAAGCUGAGACAAUAUCUGAUUGUCGAAUCAUUUGUUCACCUUUUCUCAUGGAUCCAGAUUACGUAGAGGCUCUAAAAUUAUUUGAUUAACGUUGUAUGUAUUGCGCUAUCAUAAUUAAAUCCUUUUACCUCUUCUGAAAAUGGAUUUUAAUUCUUUCUUAUUGUC